UUGUGUUGUCUAUUUCCAACUCUUCUUGUGCCAAGACUCUUAUGAGUAUGACAAAGACCCCUCUACACUCGCAUGGGGUCCUCUUUCACUCUCUGUCUCGUUCUCUAUCUGAUUCUGCAAUUGAUGCUCUACUUCCUCAAAUUGCAAGGUUUUUCUAGCAAAACAUUUGCUAGAAAGGGAAAUGGAACUGCAAAGCAGAGGACUCUGCAGGUUCAAUGCAAGAGACUUCCAGGUCUUGUAAGCAGAAGGCAUUGUGGAGUGAGAAAGCGCAGAAGACAUAUGAAUAGGGAAUUGGAGAGGAAAAUAAAGGCUAGGAUCGAGCGGCUGAGGGUGGAGAUGGUCGAGAUUGGGGAGGAACAACAAUGCAUAAAAGAGGGGCAAAGACAGGUGAGAAACAAGUAUGAGGAGAUUGAGGCUGAGCGAGAGCAACUCAAGAGGGAAACGGAGGUCAUUGCCAAGCAGAGUGCGAGCAUUCAAUUGCGUCUAAAUUUGAUGUUCGGAAUCGUGAAAGCAAGAGGUCAAAACGAUUUUGUUUUGGUUGAUCAACUUACUCAGUCACUACGUGAUUUAUUAGCAAAGCAGAAUGAGCAAAUGCAGUGACGAAUAAUGUUCAUUAUCAUCAUCAUGAUCAACAGAGCCUUUAUCCCAAAUGCAGUGACGAAUAAUGUUACAAUUAUUAAUAUUGUACGAGAAGAAUAAAUAAUCUGCAUUACUUUUCACUUCAAAUUUAAUUAGCAGUGUCGUUUGUGUUCUUGUA